CAAAACUGCUCCAAAAAGUCUCCUGUACCCGUAUUCCAAAUCCUACAGGAAAUCGGGUAUUUUGGAUCGAAUGUGAAAUUUUCAUGGGUUCACAGUAGUUUACAUUUGGAGGCUUGAAUAUGCACAAAAACUCACCAAAAUUUGCACAUACAUGCGGCUUUGGAUAACGUUCGAUAAUCUUGCAAUGUUACGAAAAAAUGUAACAAAAUGGCUCAGUGGCGCCCCCUUGAAUUUUUCAAAAAGGCCUCUCCGUUUAGGUUUUUUUAACAUAGAGUGAUGAAAUUCGGAGAGUCAAAACCUUGUGCAAAACUGCUCCAAAAAGUCUCUUGCACACACAUUCCAAAUCAUACAGGAAAACGGGUAUUUGGGAUUGAAUGUGAAAUUUUUAUCGAUUUACAGUGUGCACAUUUGAGACCUUGGCACGGAGGGAAUUAGUUUGAUCAUCCUCAAAAUUGGCGAGACUGUUCAUGAAACAAAUGAAAUCUUAAUUUAUCAAAAUGGUGUGUUUUCAUUCACGGGCCUGACCUAGGCGAGGUGCCAAAGUCGUCCAUUUUUUCGGCUAAACGCCAAAUUCGGAUAAUGACUGAUAACUCCCUCAUACAACGUUCAAUCUCUUUUAAAUCUGGCAUGUGUGUGAGGUAUCCCAGCCUGAACAGGACUGGAUUGAAAUAUUACCAAUUGUGCCUGGCGCCUCCUAGAGGGAACAGGAAAUGCACUUUUUUUACGGGACACACUCCUCCUCUAAGGGGAAAAAAAAAAAAUCAAUCAACCUCAAACCUGCAUAAGGGAAGCCUUAAGACGUGUUGAGAUGGCUGAUGAAAAUUAUUGAGGUUUGGGUAAAGCAGAAGGGUCCAAAAGGAAAGUGAUUAUGACUGUCAUCAUUUUCUCUCUCCACAUAUUUUGAACAGUGAUAACUUGGGAGAUGUAGAGGGGGGCUGUCUGCCACCACCCCGACCUGCAUGCCAUCAGAGUUUGUGUGGCGUCCGAGUUGCGCCAAACUGCGAGGGCCCGUUCAGUCCUGCUUGCAGGCCUAGUUUUUUUUUUUUUUUUUUUUUUUCAAAAAGAAAUGUCAAAAUUCUGAAUUAGUCUCAAAAUCAUGAAAUUUUAGGUGUAUCAAAUGUGAUACUUUUGGCAAUAUAGGGUUAAAUAUUCUUAUAAUUAGAAAACAAGAUUUUUUUUAACAAUACUUCAGCCCUGUUAUUUAAAAAAAUAUUUAACUCAGUUUGUUAAAAUAUUAUAUACAAUUUGUUAUAUAUUUUUUAAAAAUCCUAUAAUACCCCAAUCCAAAAAAUUGCUUAAAAGUGAUUAAUUUAGAGUUAAAACUUUUAAGAUUAUUUCUAUAUAUCUUUGUUCAUGUGUGCAAACUUGGUUGGUAGUAGUUUUUGUGUGGGGGAGGUUUUCAGUCAUGCAAAAUGACCGGAGGGUGUGUGUUGGUUAGUGGUCACAGUAGGGGGUGUUGAAGCGGGUCAGAGUGUAUUGUGUGCGUGUGUGCGUGGAAUGUAUAGACCUGGGCUGGCCAUGUGUUCCUACCCGCCUGGAGCCCACCAGCACAUCCCAGGCAGGAAAUGAGCAACGCACACACGCGCACACUCAAAGGCAGCCGACAGACAGAGCAGUAUCAAGCGGGAGGCAACACUCAGCCUCCUUCCUGCUAAACUUUUCCUGGAGUAACUUUGGAUCUUUUUUCUUCCGUCUUUGUGGAUAACAUGCUGGAUUUCCGUUCAUUUUCAUGGAAUCCCGUCAAGCGGAGCCGUAAAAUUCUCGUUUUGGCAAGCAGCUGGGGGGCCGGCGAGGCUGCGAAUGCAUCACGUUGGAACCGUCAGAAAUGAUUGUGGUAAGAGAUGAUGCCCUAACUCUUUGACUCUUUCCCUCUCUUGUUCUGCAUUCCUGACACUUUUGACGUUGCUGAAAUUCCUCCAGGAGAUACUGAUCCCAGAUUAAAAUCUACCACAUGAUUCACCCUAAAACAACAUUCCAGCCUAAUAAGAAAAUAAGAAAACGUGUCCAGGAAAGACGUCAACAGCAAAUAUCUGCAUUAAAUUUGCAGUUUAAUUUAUAAUCGGACGUUUUUCAUCUAAUUGAAGUGUUAGUUUGUCACUAGAAGACGUCCACUGCAUUUGCACUUGGAGGGCGCCGCCGUCCCAAUAGCGUACCGCACGUAACACGUUACCUUUGCUCAUUAAUAUUCAUGAUGUUAGCAACUGUUGCUGGGGGGGGUCAAACUCGCGUAUGUCCCUCAUGCUAGAUGCAUGUAAAUAGUGUAGGAAUGAGAUGUUUACUGAGCUAAACCUACCAAUUCUGUCCGAAAAUUAUGUCCCUGGUGCCAAAUUCACUGGUAAAGAUGGGGAAGAACAUACAAAUUUUUAGUUAAAGAGAUGGCUUGUGUGUCGAGGGCUGAAAAAGACAGGGAAAAAGAGCCGGCCUGAUCCAGAGGUAGCUUUUUUAUCGACACCUUUUUCUUGUGUGCAUUGCCUUACGCCACCGACAAUGACAUUCUCCUGUUUCAAGAAGCUAUCGUUUACCACCAUAUGCCCUUUCUUUCUUAUAUAUUAUAUCCUCUAGUUGUCUUAAGUCUAUGACCGUUCUUGGGGGUAAUUUAUAUUGCUAUUUUUGUGUAGUGAUCGCAAAUACUACUUAUUGACAGCCAAUGAACACUUAAUUUUUUCAUUAAUAACAAAUCUUAAUUCUAUUAAUUCAUUUACACUUCCCCCUUACUAAGGUUGUUUCUUUACAAGAGAAUAGGUUAAGCUGUUAAAUCUAGAGCGUACCUGUCCUAUAGGCAUGAACAAGCUUACUACAGAAAGAUCAAGGCCAAAGAUGGCUUAUUUAUGUAGAUAUCCGUAUUUUACAAAAAUAGACCUACACAACUGUUAUGAUAUAUAAAUAAAAUUUUAAAUUUUUUCAGGUCAUUCAUUGUCAGAAUGAAGCAUCACGGCAAAACGCCACACCAAAAAAUAAGUAAAAAUAUCAAAAUGGCUUACCUCUUCGGGGCAGGCAAUUGAUCAGGACUGUCAUCUGUCGGACUCUGGCCCCCAACAAAAUGUUUACUGCAUAUGAAGGUGAAUGGCUUCACCUUGCUGGUGUUAAACUGGUCUUUUGGACGUCCGCACAACUUGAUCCAUUGUUCACAUUUUUCCCUUCUGAAGAAAACUUACUUCAUAUGUGGAUGGUCGUAAUGGCCAGAGUAGUUUCUACAAGUUCCAUAGCAGCAGUGUUUCCUCGGCAUGUUUUUUUUUUUUUUUUAAAUAUAAAAAGAUUACCGGCACAAAACAAGCAGUACUAGCAUGGGUUGUAUGUGAGUGCGCUUCUAUGUUGACCCCCUUCAGGUUUACGAUGGCGACGUCAUACAGCCUUGCGAUCUAAAAAUAGCAUUCGUGCGGUACGCUAUUCAAAUUAAUGGACGCCUAUCGCCGUCAAUGGUAGCUAAUGAGUUGGCGGCAGGUUUUGUGUGUCAUGUUUGGUUGUGACGUGGUGCAAACACUCACAUAUAAUGAGGAAGCAGGAAGUGUGGUCACAUUGCAACCAUGCAUGUGCAGCGAGAGGGUCACAUUGUGUGUGAUUCGCGCACAUUAUCUGCAGUGUGUCCCAUGAGGCUUGUUAAAAUGACACCAUGCCCCCCCCUUUCAAAAAGGAAAAAAAAAUAAUUCCUCUAGGUUUGUAACUGAGCCAGGCCAUUAUUGCUCUUGUAUGCUUUUUAUUUUAGUGUGUUAGUCAGUAAAUCCUAGAUUUUCAUUAAAAUAGGUGUUAACUCAUUGGUUAACCUCACAGUUCAAACGAAUUGGACGUCUACUAGUGACAAACCCUUUUAAAUUCACAGCAGAAGGAUGAAGCAAGCCACAUGAUUGGAUUUCUAUCAUCGUCAAUGGAACUGAAGGAGUUAACCUAGUUGCGUUGAUAAAAGUAAUGCGCAAAGUAGAAUUUCAAAAAAUAAAAAAGUAGCAGUUAAAAUUAACUAUUGAAAAUUACGUAUUUGACAUCGCAUUAAUAAUUGUAAUUGCUCAGUUUUUAUUGCCUAAAAUGUAAUAAUAUGUACAGACUAUUAUAAAUAAAAAAUAAACGUAAUAGUAAAAACUGUAAAUAUUCUAUGUAUCAUAGUAAUAAAAAUGGGUUUUGUUAAUGGAUAUUAAAGCCAGAAUAAUUGAGAAAAAAAAACUAAAUAAAUUAUAGUAAAAAUUAAUACAGUAUCAUAGAAAAAAUAUGAUGAAUUAAAAUAAGACAAAAUGAGAUGUCAACAGAAAUAACUAAUAUCAAAGUAAACAAAAAAAUCUCUAAACCCUACAUAAAUAAUAAUGAAAGUGAAAUAAUACAACUAAAAAUAAUGGUCAAAAAGAAAAAGAAAUAAAAAACAUAGUAAUUAAUACAAUAAGAAAACACCUAUAAUGAAAAUGAAUAUAAUAAAAAUAUACUAAAAAUACUUAUAGAAUAGAACUGUAUAACUGAAAACCUAUUAUUGUACUUCAUAAAAAAAUAUAGCAAUUAUUAUGAAGAAAUAAUUAAAAUAUAAAAAAAACAAUUGUAAUAAUGAUUAAAUAAUAUACAUGAACAUGUCCAACAAAAUCCUAAUCUAACCAAGCGAGCUCUUCCUUAAACAUCCAUGAAAACAAGAUUUUAACUGCGUAUUUGAAAUUCCUCCCGCGUUGUGAAACAAUGACACCAUUGACUGACGCAACGGGGCAAGAAAACAAAUUCUUGCUGCGACAGCGGCCGACACAAAAACUCUCGGGAACUUUUCAGCAUAUCGGCGAAAUCUGCUCUUUUGUUUUUUUUUUUUUCUUGUCGCCACGACACCUCGUGAGAGGAUGUUUGCGUCGUUUCCUGGAGGAAGCGGCCUCGGCUCCAAGCCCGUGAGCCACUCGCAGGCUCGGGGACACGUCGAGCAGACGGAGCUUGGAUGUAAACGCCAGAUUUUUUCCUGAAAGUUUUGGAUUUAAUUUUGAUUUUUUUUUUUUUUUUUUACUGCCCGUGAUCCGAAUGAGUGGGUUGCGCUGGAACCGGCUUUCAGCGUUUUGGAAGAACUGGAUCUUUAACCAGGAGCCCGCCGAGGCACUGAGACAGGAUGAGGUUGAAGAUCAGAAAGUGGAUUAUGAGUUUGCAAAAGUCAAAGUCUGCAAGCGGAACUCUGAUCCAUCGCCCAGGAAUUCCUCUGCUGACAAGUCCAAAGUCCUCCAGCGUAGCCGCUCUGAAGCGACGCCAGAUGGGUCCAGUUUGCGUUCUGAGGAGGCUGCCCGCUAUGUGUUGCAGGUGGACAACGGCGGCGAAGGGGACGACGGCUUUCUGCACCGGGAUGGCUCGCAGCGACGUUCCCGCCGGCGCUUCCGCAGGAUCAACCCCAAGGGCGAGCGGGAGCUAAUCACUGACGGGCAAGAACCUUCCUCCUACAAGCUUCCAGCCGACCUCAAUAAGAUGCACUUGACGGACCACGCCCACCAGCAGGUGAUGCACGUGCCUGCCAGUCAGUCGGGCUGCAGCAUCGCCAGUGACUCGGGCAGCAGCAGCCUGUCGGACAUCUACCAGGCCACAGAAAGCGAGCUCGGCGAUGUGGACCUUUCUGGCCUUGCCGAGGCUGCCGUGGACAGCGAGGAGGAGGAAGAGGACGAAGAAGACCUGGAAAGGGCAUCUGACGCGCUGCUGGGUCGGGACCUGGUGCGUGAGUGUCUGGAGAAGGACCCGGCUGACCGAAACGACGAUGAUGUCGAGCAACUGCUGGAGUUUAUGCACCAGCUGCCAGCAUUCGCCAACAUGACCAUGUCGGUGCGCCGUGAACUGUGCGGCGUGAUGGUGUUUGAGGUGGUAGAGCAGGCAGGCACCAUCAUUCUGCAUGACAAGCAGGAGCUGGAUCAGUGGUACGUCAUCCUAAAUGGGGCGGUGGAGAUUGGGCGACCCGAGAGCCGGGCGGAAACGCUAUGCAUGGGCAAUAGCUUCGGCAUCUCUGCCUCCAUGGAAAAGCAGUACAUGAAUGGCGAAGUCCGCACCAAAGGGGACGACUGCCAGUUGGUGUGCAUCGCCCAGGAGGACUACUGGCGCAUCCUCAACCACGUGGAGAAAAACACACACAAGGUGGAAGAGGAGGGCGAGAUAGUCAUGGUGAAGGAGCACCGCGAGCUAGACCGGAGCGGCACCCGCAAGGGGCACAUCGUCAUCAAGGGGACCCCCGAGCGUCUAAUUAUGCACCUGGUGGAAGAGCCUUCGGUGGUGGAUCCGACUUACAUUGAAGACUUCCUGCUCACCUACCGAACCUUCGUGUCCAGCCCCAUGGAGGUGGGCAAGAAGCUGCUGGACUGGUUCCAGAUGGACACUCUCAGAGACACGGUUACGCGUAUUGUGCUUCUGUGGGUAAACAACCACUUCAACGACUUUGAGGGCGAUACGGGCAUGACACGCUUCUUGGAAGACUUUGAAAAGCUGCUGGAAGCCACGAAAAUGAAAGGUCACCUGCGGCUGCUUAACAUCGCGUGCGCUGCCAAGGCUAAGUGGCGGCAGAUCACGCUGCAGAAGGCGUCGCGUGAGUCGCCGCUCUACUUCAGCGUGCAGGGCGGGAGCGAGCGCGGCUUCGGCAUCUUCGUGGAGUCCGUGGAAGACGGCAGCAAAGCGGCCGAGGCGGGACUCAAACGCGGAGACCAGAUCAUGGAGAUCAACGGGCAGAACUUUGAGAACAUCUCCUUCUCUAAAGCUGUAGACAUCCUGAGGAACAACACGCACUUGUCACUCACGGUUAAGACCAACAUAUUCGUUUUCAAAGAGCUUCUCAGCCGGAUCUUGCAUGAGAAAAAGAACGGCGGGCCGCACAUUCCAAAAAUCCAGGAAAAGAAGGGCAACCGCUUCUCCAUCCCGGACUUACCCGGCGACAUGGAGUUUGCCACCGACCACAAGGUCACACGCAAAAUGAAGGCCAACACGGUGUCGGGCGGCCGCAACAAGAUCCGCAAAAUGCUGGAGAAGACGCGCUUCAGUAUACUGCCACCCAAACCUUUCAGUGACGGUGGAUUGGGCCAGUCGCAGGACGACAGUAUCGUGGGUACCAAACAGUGCCGGCACAGCGUAGCUAUUAUGCCCAUCCCUGGCAGUCUGUCGUCAAGCAGCCCGGACCUCCUACAGCCCGCUACCAGCGUCCUGGACUUCUCCAACCCGGCAGCACUGGGACUCUACUACAUUCCGGACCAGGUGAUCAGAGUGUUCAAGGCCGAUCAGCAGAGCUGCUACAUCAUUAUCAGCAAGGAUACCACCGCCAAGGAUGUGGUCGCCCACGCCGUUAACGAGUUUGGAUUAACGCCGGCCGCCGAGAACUACUCACUGUGCGAGGUGUCCGUCAGCCCUGAGGGCGUCAUUAAGCAACGUCGCCUGCCUGACCAGCUCUCCAAGCUAGCCGACCGCAUUCAACUUAAUGGCAGGUACUACCUGAAGAACAACAUGGAGACAGAGACGCUGUGUUCAGACGAGGACGCCCAGGACCUGCUGCGUGAAAGUCACAUUUCGCUGCUGCAGCUCAGCACCAUGGAGGUGGCCGCCCAACUCUCUAUGCGGGACUUUGAGCUCUUCCGAAACAUCGAGUCCACCGAGUACGUGGACGAUCUGUUCAAGCUGGACUCGGCGGGGGGCGGCAGCCACCUCAAACGCUUUGAGGAGGUCAUCAACCAGGAGACCUUCUGGGUGGCCACCGAGAUCCUCAAAGAACCAAACGCCCUUAAGAGGAUGAAGACCGUCAAGCACUUUGUUAAGAUUGCCCUGCACUGCCAAGAGUGCAAGAACUUUAACUCCAUGUUUGCUAUUAUCAGUGGUCUAAACUUGGCCCCGGUGGCUCGCCUGCGCAGCUCGUGGGAGAAGUUACCCAGCAAGUACGACAAACUUUUCGGGGACCUCCAGGACGUAUUCGAUCCAUCGCGGAACAUGGCCAAGUACCGAAAUAUCCUGAGCGGCCAGAGCAUGCAGCCGCCCGUCAUCCCUCUCUUUCCCGUGGUCAAGAAAGACCUUACGUUCCUGCAUGAAGGCAACGACUCAACAGUGGACGGUCUCGUCAAUUUUGAGAAGCUGCGGAUGAUCGCCAAGGAGAUCCGCCAUGUAGUCCGAAUGACAUCGGCCCACAUGGACCCUGCUCUGAUGUUCCGACAACGGAAGAAGAGGUGGAAGAGUUUAGGGUCCUUGAGUCAAGGAAGCACCAACUCCAAUAUGCUAGACGUGCAGGGCGGCGGGCACAAGAAGCGUGUGCGGCGCAGCUCGCUGCUCAACGCCAAGAAGCUGUAUGAAGAUGCACAGAUGGCGCGUAAGGUCAAGCAGUACCUGUCCAACCUGGCAGUAGAAACGGACGAGGACAAGCACCAGAUCAUGUCACUGCAGUGCGAGCCUGCCUACACUACCAUUUCAAAGAACUUGAGUGACCGGCGAUCCAACAAGUCUGACAUGUCGCCCGUCUCGCUACGGUCGGCGCUGCCUUCGGGGAAGACCCAGAACCGGGUGUCGCAGGUGCUGCAGGUGCAGGUGCCGCUCAACCCGCUACGAAAGAAGAGCACGGCCAAAGACGUGGGCCCGCCCAACUUCAGCUCGCCUCAGGUAGUGAAAAAGCCCCCUUCUGGCUCGGCGGACGAGUGGACCUCCAAGAGGUCCUCGGAAGACACCAUUUCCACAGUCUCAUCCCUGCACUCCAGCCCCACGGUGUCACCGCAGGGCUCGCCACGCAAAGGUCCAUCUGCCAAAACCCAAACCUCCUCGGGCCAGAUGAACCUGUCAGGCUCCUCCUCGUCACUGACCAGUGAUGCGAGCACCAAAACGAGCACUAUCAGCCUGCGAAGUUACGGCAUAGGUUAUGCUUUGCUUCCCCCGGGCAAAGCGGACAACCUGUCCGAUUCCAGUCACAGCGAGAUCUCGUCUCGCUCCAGCAUCUGCUCCGUGGACUCUGUGCCCGCCCCGGGUCUGGAGGAGCGUUCUAACAGCGUCGGCGCCAGGACGUCUAUUGCGUCCGCCACCGCCGCCCCCUCAGUGCCGGCUGGCGUGCCGACGCCAGAGAGUGCGGCGGCCACACACUUGAAUGUUGACUACAGCCAACCCAGCACAAGCUCCCUGGCUUCUGCGGCAGCAGCAGUGGCGGCAUCGAGGGGUUACACAUCACGAGGCUCCACAUUCACGUCGUCCGUCUCCACGGAGGAGCUGACGCCUGACCUGGCCUGUCUGGACUAUGUGGCCGACAGCGGGCGCGGCAGCUGGACGUCCUGCUCCUCCAAUUCCCACGACUCUUUCCAGAGCCUGCCCGCCUCUUCUUGUCGACCAUGGGACCAUGGCAUUCACGGGCACCCUCUCAGUCACCGGCUGGCAGGCGCCACCAUCGCCGAGGCGGGCGCACGUGACUCGAGGCUGGCCGAGCAGUCACGGCAGAGCUGGGCGUCUUCGGGCUCUUUGUCUGACACGUACGAGGGAAAUUACGGCACGGUCAAGAGAAGGAACGGCGCCGAGCAGCAAAGGCCGUCUCCCGGAUGUGCCUCCUCUGCCUCGCCGACCAACGACGAUGGAAUGCAGACUACAGACCCCGCCUACAAAACGGUGACAUCCAGCACAGAAAAAGGUCUCAUAGUGUACUGCAUCACCUCCCCCGCCAAGGACGAGCGUUACCGAGCCCCUCCUCCCACCCCUCCAGGCUACCAGGGUCUGGCCCUGGGGGAUGUCAAAGACGCAAUGGCGCCGGUGUCGGCGGGGCCGUCCGUAAGGCCUCCCCACCUCAGACCUCCCGACUACAGCGUGGCCAUGCAGAGAAGCAAACUCCUGCAGAGCCCCGGAGCUGCCGGUAGCCUAGCGGAGGCACGCAGGCUCGCCGGCAGCCGUUUGGGAACGCGCGACACUGCCGACAGCGAGGAAGAUGAACAAGUAUCCGCCGUGUAGACGUGUGGAUCUUCGCAUUAUGGACUGCGGCCCGACAGUUUUGGCCACUCCCGGGAACUCGUGCCUGCUUCACUUGAAAAAAAGACACUUUUUAAAUACUCCUGACCUGGAAAAAAACAACAACUUUUUUUUUAAACUCAAUUUUAAUUUUGCACCACGUUUCUUCGAGACAAGAUGGCCGACAGAAGGCUCACACAGCGCCCCCAAAAUUGGUGCCUGCUUCGUGGGAAUAUAAGAACCUUAACUUCAGACCGGGAAAGGUGGAAACAAAACAAGGUUUUGCCACUUUUAAAGCUUUUGACUUUUUUAAGAGACAUUUGAACUUUGCACCACGUUUUCCUCAGGCUGACUUGUGGAGCACUUACUGUUCUUGGAGGAAACAAAAAUGGCCGCCUCCUGAAGCUAGCUAGUUGAGCAGCGCGCUACCUCCUGGACCUUUUUUGGGUAACUCCUCUGAAAAUGAUUUUACAUUUUUGGAAAGGCAAAACAAUUUAAACAGGGAAGGGCGUUUACGGUGUUGAUUUGACGAGAGCCCGAGCCGCUCCCCCUCAAAUUUACAUGGCAGCCAAACAGGAAGUGCAUCUACACUCCAGUGUUCUCUCGUACAGAAAGGAUUGGUCUUUCUGAUAUCCGCUCCUUUCGCAACUUUAGGAAGACUUGAAAUGCUAAAAUGUUUGCAUUUGUAUAAAUACAUGAAUGGAAGCGUAUAAAAAUGUUAUUUUUGAUGUUGGUUUUGCCAUAAAUUAAUAAGGAUGUAUAAAUGAGACUGGAAUAUUUUGUUACUCAAAAAAAGUUUUAUUUUCUUUGUUAGCUCCUUGCCUGCGCUUCUUGUAGUCAUGUAGACCCUGCUGUGUGUGCGUGUGAGUGUGCGUGUGGUGAGGAUAUUUUACUUUCUGUAUUUAUCUCAUAUAAGACCCCCACCUUGCCUAAUUCGCUGGGUCUCAGGCCCCAUUUUGGGUCUGUUGUCCCAUUUUUUUAGCACUCCAACACCAUCAUGUUUCUAGUCGCCUCAAUGGGUGUUUUUAUGUCACCUACACUCCUCACGAAUCUCCCUUGAAUUUUAGGUCAACUGGAUCUAGGUUGGACUGAACUGCCAUUUUGACACUUUGUUCUGUUUUUGCACAACUUCUUUCAUCACGUUGUAAACCGCGUGUCAGUAUUAACCCUCCUCAGGUGUGAAGUGGUUUUAUAUAAAGUUCAUAAGUUUUAAACCGCCAUUUAGUUCUUCCCCCAAACAAGCCCUCCAUCACCCCCACACUCCCCUUUUAGGACGCAAUAAGCGAUGUGAAUGAAAAGCGAUGAUGACGACGAUGCCCAACAAGCUGUAAAAGUGAGUGGUGGCUGCACAAAUAACGUCCCGUACGGUGUAUGUAGAAGUGGCACUCGUCCUGUUGUUGUUUUUUUUUUCUUUUUUUUUUAUGUCUUUUACAAAGACGACUCCAUUUUGGCCUCGUAUGCUUUGUAUAUGUAUAUUUUUUACAGGUGGAUUGUACAUAAUUGUUCUAUUUUUGUUUAAGAGGAUGUGUAAUAUGGAUUUAAAACAAAGAACAAAAAGAAAAGGACAUUUCCUUUAAAGUCUACUGAUAAGAAUUUGGACAAUGAAUAAAAAUCUGAAAUGGAAGCUUGGA